GAUAUAUUUUUGUGGUUAUCUAAUCGUGAGGUGUAUAUACCUUUUCUCUUUCUCUUUUUUCACCUUACUCUUUUUUUCUUUUUGGUUUAUUUUUUUGUUGUUUUUACUGCUAUAACGAAGCGGGAAUUUAUAUUAUUAUUUUUUGUUUUUGUACAACAAUAAAAAAAAAGUAGUUUCUUUUUUCUUUUUCCCCCCUCCCCUCUCUCUCUUUCUCUCUCUCUAUUUUUUACAUUUUAAAUCUUAAAAUUUCAGAAUGGUAGAAACUUUUCAUGGUUAUAUUGAAACAACGCAAGAUGUAUUGCUUAUUUUUGAAGGAUGCAGAAGAGGCUUAUUGCCAAGAGUGUGUAGAAGACUUCAAGAAAAAGAAAGACGUAUGAUACGGUCUGGGUCCGUCUUUGUGUUUGAUGAAAGAGAAUCAGGAAUUAAACGAUGGACAGACGGUUUAGUUUGGAGUCCAUCACGUAUCUUGGGAAAUUUCUUGAUAUAUCGUGAAUUAGACAAAAAAACACCAGGCGAAAAAAAGAGUUAUAACAGCAACAAUAACACUCAUGCUGAAUCAUCCACCAAACCUCGUAGUUUCAGUGCCGAUCAAACAGCCAUGGGAGGGCUUUCUGCCUCUGCUGUAGCAGGUGGUCUUCCUGACCGUAGCAAUCGUGAACGUCGUUUAGUAGGCAGUCUUUCUGAUUCUUAUCGAUUCCGUAAAAAUGGUCUGAUAAAGAAGACCAUGUCUAUUGUUGUCAAUGGUGUCGCUCAACAUUUAAUUUCUUACUAUCAUCCUGGUGAUAUCAUGGAGAACAAAUUGCGUACGCCUUCUUCUGUACCAGAAUUAGCUAGCCUUGAAAUUUCACCUGACUUGUUGGUUAAACAGAACUUUAGAGUGCCUCCUCUGGUUGAACCCUCGUUUGACAAUAAUGAAGGAGGUUUGACAGCUGAAGAAAGACGUAUGCAUUCCUAUCGAAGUAUGUCCAUGGGAUCACUGCGUACAUCACACAGCUAUGCAUCUCAUAGCACACUACCUCCUGUGAGUCGUUCCUCUAUCGGCCAACCUCAACCACCUCAACUGUUAUAUACCACUUCUUCUUCGUCCUUCAACCCGCGUAUGGACUUGGAUGAUAACCACCAUAGCAAUAAAUAUGCAAAUAACAACAACAAUUUGUCUGCUUAUUACACUGCUAGCAUGUACGGCAAUAAUCACAACCCCAUGAAUCACGGUUUCCCACCUUUACCAUCACCCUCCAGCAUCACAUCCUCACCCAAUACACCCAUUUUAUCUCCUGUACGUCCCUCCUUUUCUCAGCAGCAGCAGCAGCAGCAGCAGCAGCAACAGCAGCAGACGCGCAAUUAUUCCAUCUCUUCCACCUCAUCCAAUGGACCGCCGCCUCCCAGAUACACUACAACGGCUACCACGACGACACAUCGCAACGGUUUUGAUUUAUUAUCCAAUAGUCACCCGUUAGAUCAUGCUCAUGGUGGCAACACCCAUAAACAAACAACACAACAGCCCUCCAUUCAUCCUCACAUGAUGUCCGAUGUGGGUUUAAUGAAACCAGAGAAUGACACGGGCAAUGGCUCUGAUCCUAUGAAUAACACGUCCACACCACAUAUUGGACAAUUACUCAACCCAGUGCAUCCUUUGACGACAGCAGCUGUUGCGUUGAAAGCGGAACCAGGAGAAGCGCAGCACAACCAUCCUUUCUAUCCAUCUUUUGGCCUUCCUACCACCACGCCGACCCACACGAACACGAACACGACCCCUGCCACUGCCACCACUACCACCAACAACACGACGACGACGACUACACCAACAACAACCACCACCACAGCGACAUCAUCCACAGCGGCUACGGCUACUGCUACCCCAUUCAACACACAACUUCAUCCACCACCACCACCAUUACAUCAUCAUCAUCAUCAACAGCAACAACAACAACAACAACAACAACAGCAACAGCAACAGCCUUAUGGAGGAUCCUACUACUUGCAAAGAUCUCCACAAGUACAACAGCCUUUGACCAAUACUUUAACAGCAAACGAGUUGUAUCGAAACCAACUGGUGCUUCCUCAAACUUCCAACUCGUCCAUGUAUGAUACCCAAAAUGCCUCGGAACUUGGAAUGGGUCCUCUCAUGCUGAAAUGAAAAUAAAUCCGUUUUUUUUUUUUUUUUUUU